AUGUACAAGAUUUUGGAGCGGAUUAUCCUGGACCGACUUAUUAAGCAUCGCGAAGAAACAACGCGCGACGAGCAAGUUGGCUUUCCUCCUGGCCGAUCUACGAUUGACCAGAUGUUCAUCAUCAGCAAAGCCGCGUUCGACUCUCCUCAUCGAGGCCGUCUUCUCAAGGCGCUCCGCGCCGAUGGAGUACCAGGAAAGUUCGUUCGCUUGCUUGAUGACAUGAAUCAACGAACAACUGCUGCAGUUCGAACACCAGCUGGAUGUACAAUACCGUUUGAAGUGGUAACUGGAGUAAGACAAGGGGCAGUGGCAGGACCCUUCCUGUUCAAUUUCGCCAUUGACGACAUUAUGCGAAGAACAGUCGAUCAGUGUCCUGCCGACAUUGUCUUAGCACCAUCAGGGUGCCCCUUGGCUGAUCUCGAGUACACUGACGAUGUUGUUAUAUUCGCAGAAAGCAGUACGAAACUUCAACAUGUUGUCAACCUUCUAUCGAAGCUGGCUGCAGCCUAUGGGCUACGCCUACGCCCUGAUAAAUGCAAGCAGAUGUGGAUCUCUUUGAGACCUCGAACGGGAAUUAGGGUGGACGGACAACUGAUAGAACUCGUCGAUGAGUUCUGUUACCUGGGCUACGAAAUGCCUCUGGUCGGCCCCCGUCCAACGAACGAAGUCAAGCUGCGAGUCUACCUAUCUGCAAUUCGCCCCAUCAUGAUGUACAGAUCGGAGACUUGGGCAGAACCUACAACGGUUAUUGGGAGGCUUGACUGCACGGAACGAAUGCUGCUUAGACGGCUACUUGACUACUUUUGGCUAAGGGUAUGCCACAAUGAAGAUCUUUACGCAGAAAUUGAUGUGGUAUACCGGCGGACGACAUGUGGAAGAUACCAACAUUUUGCACCGCCAUCGAAAGUGGCUGAAGUAAAUCGUCUUCGCUUCUUUGGUCAUAUAUUAAGGAGACCGGCAGAUCGCCUUGUUCAGCGAGUUCUGAGGAGUUUGCCGGGUUCGAGCUGGAAGAAGCCGCCUGGCCGAAAACGGAAGUUCUGGACUGAGGUGGUGAAAAAGGACCUGAGAACACUCGGCGUGAAUAGGCAGUUCAGGCGAGACAUUAGGUUUCGCAGAAUAUGGAAUAGCGACGAAUGGAUUGAUUCUGUGCAAGCUCUCGCAGAAGAUCGAGAAGGUUGGGCAGAGCUGUGUUCAAGGACGGCACACCUCGGCGAAGAUGCGGUGCUGUUAAAGUGUACGAUGUCCGAAGUCGCGGAACGUUACGUGGAACAAAUCCAGACAACGGCUGAAACACUACGUAGACGUGUUGUUGCAUAUUACGAUGGCAUCUUCUUUCUUGCAAAUAAAAUGAUGAUGGCAGCCGAUCGAGCUCGUGAUGUAGCUGAACCAGUCGCGUAUGAUGUGAAGGAUUAUGUGACUAGCGCCAGUAACCAAUCCGAACCAGUAUCAGGAAUGGAGAAAGACAUGAAGAAUAAUAUAGUAGAGUUAUAUCUAGGAAUAUCGGUGUUGAUGCUUGGUAUCUCAUCUGGAGAGCUUGCUGGAGCAUUCGUAUUUCCCGGUUUGCUAGAGAAAAUCUUUGACCCUUUUCUAGAAUUUGCCGUCCUAUUGUUAGUGCCUACAUAUGUCCUUCUUAAUAUUAGAAAAAAUGCGGCAAUGGACGACACUGAGCGACGAACAUGUUUAUUCGGAUUCUGCUUGGUGAUUGGAAUUUUAUUAGGGCACUUGGUAGGCGGAGCAUUGACCAGUAUUGCUCCUUCGGUAUUUUUUAUACCACCGCUAUUGUUAAGCCUAUUGAUGGACAAUGAACUGAUUCGAUCGCCAUUAGCCGACAUGGAAAGGAAUAGUUUUUUCGCUAUAAGCGGCGCGGCAUCCUCAUUGUUAUGCACGAUUUUUGCAAUGCUUCCUGUCGGUUAUUUUUCCAUGGCUAUAUUUCUUUUGUCUCUGCUUCAUGUUGCUUUCUUAACGAUACAUUUUCAAGUAGUUACACAAUGCGCUAAGGAAAAAAUCAUGAUGGUUGGCGAGAGCCAAUUCAGCUAUAUUAUGGGCGUAUUAUUUCUACAGCUUGUGAUGGCUGCCCUGUUUGGCUCGGAUCCAAACGUCAUCCAUCAAACACCGCCACCUCCGGCUACUCAACCGCAUCGCAAAUGA